GCUGCGGGCCAGGAAUAGGAGGAGGAGGAGGAGAGCGGCUGCUUCUGUUUCUGAGCCGAGAGAGAGAGAGAGGUACCGCCGAGAAAGCCCUUCGUGCCCCUUCCUCCCUUUCCAAAGAGGCCGGGGGUGGUGGGUGGAGGGAGAGGAAGGCGCUCUGCACGGGCUCAGAAGCACUUUCCUCCUAGCUUCUCGCUCAGCAUUCCAGGGACUCAACUGUUGAAAAACGAGUCUCCGGGGAUGAAAUUCAGACCUACCCCAAGGUGGGCUGACACGGUGGGUCCUCUGAAGGCGCCCCCGCCCAGGACACACGGGGGUUUCUUGCUUGCUUGCUUACCUUUCUAUGCCGCUUUUCGUUCCCGGUGAAUCGCAAAGCGGCUUACAAAUCAAGAAAAAACCAUUGCAGGACAUCACAGACACAACAUAGAUAGAAUAAUGAACAAAAUAAUCAACAAAACCAUUCAGAUGCCAAGGAGAUAAAAGAAUUACACAACUUUUAGGAGACAUCUGAAGGCAGCGCUGCAUCGGGAGGUUUUUAAACGCUUGAUGGUUUCAUUAUGUUUUUAGAUAUGUUGUAAGCCGCCCAGAGUGGCUGGGGAAACCCAGCCAGAUCAGCGAUCCAUAAAUAAUAAUAGUAAUAAUUUGUGAUCUAUAAAGCACCAGUAACAAAACAACUAAAAAAAAUAAGCUAAGCAGCACAAUUGCAAUAAAAGUCAUAGAUUCAUAAAGUACUGCAGCUUUCGUUACCUGUUUUAGUUUGUUGGUGUUUUUAGUAAUUUAUGGUGUGGUUUUCUUGUAUUGUUUAAAACAUGCUAUUGUACACCUCUUUGAGCAGGCUGGCCCUGAAAGUGGGCUUAUAAAUCAUGAAAUAAAUAAAUAACAUAAAGGGGUUUGUUUUGUUAUUUAAAUUCAGUAGUACAUCAUGAAGGGAGGCAGGGGGAGUGUAAUGUCCAGGCCUGUGGCUUUCGAUAUUACUAUUGUUGAUACUAGUUGCUCUUUAACAUUCUGCGGCAACCAUAUGCAGCGGCAGUCAGUACUUACCCCUUCCAUGUGCUACCUGGCUGCCGGGGCCAGGUAGCCCCAGAUGUUUGGGUCUGUGGAUGUUUUCCUCUCUCCUCUCCCAAGCACCUGCACAGUCUACAGCUCUUGAUUCUUCCUGCUGGAAGGGGAACCUCAUCAAGCUCCCGGGGCAGCCAUUGCCAACCUAGGACCCUCCAGAUCUUUUGGACUACAAUGCCCAUCAGCCUCAGCCAGAUGAUGGGAAUUGUAGUCCAUAGAUGUUUGGAUUACCCCAAGUUGGCGAAGGCUGCUGUGGGGGAAUGAUGAUGCCCAAUGUCUGUUUCACGUGCCUAAGAGGUUGCGGCUGUUGUUGUUUCAACUAAAACUUGGCGCUUCUUUCCCUCAGGCGGUCUCCAUUUCCCUGGUACUCCGCUCAUCACGUGAGGCUGAACACCAUGUCCCUAGAGUUGGGGGACACUGAUGAUGAGGAGCUGCCAACCUUUGAUUUCCUGAAGCAGCAGCCUCCAAGCAUAAAAAGCGUUGUCCAAACUCCUCCUCUAGAAGAGAAUGUGGUUGUGCUCUGCAGCUCAGACUCGGAAGAUUCGUCCGUGGCCUCUCCUGCCUGGAAAAAACCACGUGGCAGCCAGGAUUCGGCCAGGGCUCCCACUUGUCUGAAAGCGAUAGUGCAGCUCAGCAGCGAGAGUGAGGAGGAGGAAGUUAUUCCCUUGGCUGAAAGGCUCAAGAGGAAGCUUUUGACGUCUGAGCCUUCCUCCGCUUGUCCUUCGUAUACUAGGAUCCGGGAACUGAGCAAGCGAGACUCCGCUGGAGGAAAUGGACUCUGCUCCAUUGAUGAGAAAGCGGUCACAGAUUGCGGGCGGCUGUCACAGCUACCCAGAGGCCAAGGAACCCAGGGAAGGGCUGUACCCAGUAUAUGGGAACUGUCAGAUAGCGACCAGGAACUGGAUUCAUUGGAUCCCAAGAAACAGACUGUGCUUCGCCCGACUGUUUGUGUGUCUGACCGCUUGGUUCAAAAUGGCAGCUGUCAGGUGGCAGAGGAAAGCCUGAAACCUUUGCCUCUUCAGAGGAAAACAAAGCGCAGCCAGGAGGAACUGGGCAAAGCCCGGCAGAGGACAAAUGAGCGGGAAACCCAGAAGAUACUGCAGCAGCAGGAGAGAGAGAGGAGGAAGGCCCUUGCUAACCGGUGGAAGGCCCAGAGGCCAGAAGAGUGUCUGAAACACAUUCAAGCAGUCCUAGAUCCAGGUACUGCCCCUUCACUUUUAGCUCUGCUGGGUGUUAACUGCCUGCCCUCACAAUGGACCCCUGUCCUGGAGUCAGCCCUACCAUUUGGCGGAGCGUGGCAGCUCAUGCAAGGGGUGUGUUGGGAAACAGAGCUGUUACAAGCCCCACAGGACCUGAGGAGUUUCAGCUGAUCUCUGUCCUCUGCAGCUGAUCUCUGUCCUCUCCGUAGGUCUGUUACAGAUUGAAGGUGGCGGGCUGGUGCUUACUGCUCUGCAGGCAAUGGAGUGCAGCUGUGUGAUUGAGAAUCAAGCUGUUCCUUGCAGUAUCACCUGGAGAAGGAAAACUGGACUAGGUCAGGUAGGAUUGCAUUUCCUCAAAGGCUUCCCCCCUUUUUUCCCUUGUCUCUAGCGCUGAAGUCAUAGUGGGAGGUGGUUGAACUGUUGCUGAGCUAUCGCUGUAGUGAUCUCCCUGAUAGCACAUCCUUUCCCACCCACCUUUCUAGUGCUUGUCAUGUACAUUUAACAACACAUCCAGCAAUAUCCUCCACAUUACCUGAGCAAAUAUGCCAAGAGUUAUCUGUUUGUUUGCUAGAGCCUUGUGGAACGUACAAUUUUGCAUUCAGAGGAGGUCUGUUGCGUUGUAUGAGCAGUGCAGCAACGAAUUCCUCUAGAAACCUUUCAGCGACCGUCAAGCUUUCUGAUUUGGCAGGUAGAAAAAGAUCUCCAGGAUCUCCCCAUUUUUGGUCUCCCACCAUACCUCUCUUCGUUGCCCACAAACUUGCCCACACUCUGUAGCCAGAAUUAGGUCAGUUCAACAAAUAUUAUUCACUCCCAUUCGUUGGUUAUUUCUCUCCUUCAAGAAUUUGGCUUCCUCGUACUGGAGCAUAUAUAGCAGUUUAUACAUCCCUUGUUUCUUUUUAAUAGCAAUAGCCCUUUCCUUUGUACUGUUCCACCUUAAAUGUUCUUUUGUUCCUCCAGGCUGAAGAAGACAACUGGACAGAAGAACCCAACCUUCUAGUCCUAGUUCUGCUAGAAGAAUUUGUUGCUAUGAUCCAUAACUAUAAACAGGUGAGGUCACGCACGAUGUAGUGUCUUAACUGCUACCCAAGUAACAGCUUGCACCAUCUUUUUAAAAACAAUCUAUCAAUGUUCAGGCUUGAGGCCUAGUGAGUCCUCCAGGCCUCUCUACCAAGCCCUAUCUAUAGACUACAUCCGCUUACCAGUCCUUCUCCAUGUGAUCAAAUGCCUUUGCUUGGUUGUGAUGUGUACUUGAACUCUGAUAAUACCACUUGCUUUCUGGAUGGAGGGAUGUGCGUGUUUGUGUGUAGGAACCUCUGGUUUUGGCAGGGCUGGAAUGUAGCCUCCUGGGUUGCUGGGGCAACCCAGCCAGAUGGGCAGGGCAUCACUAAUAAAAUUAUUAUUAUUAUUAUUAUUAUUACUACUAUACAGAGGUAAGAGACACACUCACCCACUUCUGCCUCUUUCCCUGCCCAUCACUGGUAUAGUUCCCAACAAGAUAUUACAGUCCUUGAGCUGGAAAAGGUUCAACACCCUUGGCAUAUAGGAGGAGGCCCAGGUAUUGUUUCAUUCUGAAAAACUGGGGAGUGCAUGAACCUGAAACUUCAGCUCUGCAUAUGGGUUUGUCUGGAGAGAGAAUGUGAGCCUUACAAUGCCAAUUGGAGGUGGUGGUUUAUUUGUUGUUUUAACUUUGGUCCGGGAAUAUAUAGUCUCUGUUUUCUUGUAUGUGUCUUGCCCCCAGGUUAGCAUGGAAGGGCCCAAUGAGACUCUGCAGAGCUUUGCGGCAAACGUCAUGAAGAAAACCCCUGGGAAGACUCUGGCCCUGGCUGUAGUAGAACUAGAAAAAUAUUUCAGGUUAGAAUGUUGUUGAAAUUUCCGAAUGCUGCCUCCCCACUGUGAACAGUCAUGGCAAUAGGCUCCUCAGUAUCCCCCAGUCUCUAAGUCACAGGAAAAGCCAUGCAAACUGGUACAGCAAACACUGGUUUGCAUCAUCUGAGCAGAGCAGCAUACGCAGACAUGCAGUGCCUACUGGACCUUUCUCAGUGGUGCUGUCUGUGGUUGCAGGGCAUAUAUAUUUUACCCCUGGGAAUGCCAAUUUUUAGCAAUGCAAAUAGUUGUUACCGCCAACGCGGGCUGUUCAUUCGUUCUUUGUCCUCUUAGUUCUCACAAGCUUAAGUCGUGGAAGAAACUGCAGAAAGCAUUGCAGAGUGGCAGUGAGGCCCAGGAGCAGAGCAAACAGAGGAAUCGGAGAGGAAAGGCAAAUUCCGUCCCAAACCUGUCCAGACUGGACGUGGAAGAAGUGAGUGAGCAUGGAGUCAGUGUCCCAUGUGUUGCUUGUUUUGUUUUGCUUCUUCCUCCAGGGUAAAUUCUUCGGGACUACCCUGCCCAGGCACUUGGCUGAUGAGUAAAUACUAUAAUACUGUGAUGUCUCUGAUGAUGGAGACUAAUCACCAGGAGGGUGCAGAAGAUGCCAGAGACUAAGCUGCCUUGCUCACCAUCAUUCUUUGCCUUUGCAGGGCUUGGUGGCUCUGCAGCUUCAGACGGGUAUCCAAGUUCGACUCCUCGAGAGCUGGAAGGAGUUUGCCGACUUUGCCAGUACGUUCACCAAGGCUGUGGCAGAAGCUCCAUUCAAGUGAGUGAGCAAACACUUCUCUGAGCACAUCUCAGCAGCUUCGUUUUCUGGCGUGCCGCUGGGUUAUGUGGGCACUGGGCUCUCUCCCGGGUGCCGUGCCUUCUGGUGGAAUCUAAAAUACUGAUUUUUGCCGUGAGGCCCACUUCCUGGCCUGAUUGGGUCUAAUUGGCAUCUCAAGGGUCAGUAUGGUACGCAGGAAUUCACAUCUGGCUCAAUCUCCCAUUUAGCACCUGUUGCCUUAGUUUCAGAUAGACUUGAGAAGCGUUUGUGGAUUCCUGCCAGGAUUGGGGUUUCUCCUGCAAGGAUGUGUUCCAUUCCGCUGCCAGUAGUGGUCUCCGUCUGGCAGUCCCAUUCUCCAAAUUCCUGCCUCAAACACCACCAUCUUUGGCCUUCACAUUAGAGGAAAGUGAGGGCCAGGAAUUUCCACUGCAGCCUGACAGUGUCUUUCCUGCAGUAUUUUAAGUGCACUUUGUAUCUGAAACACAUGGUGAGCAUACCUGGCAGCUAGAAAGAGUCUCUGGAUAUGUUACAGGAAAGAGAGUUGUCAGACCCAUGGUAGAAACUUGUCAAUUUUUCUCCUGCUGUAACAUGCGAAGCAGGCUCAAUUCCUUGAAGUGACUGACACACUCGGUUUGUGUACUUUAAAGCUCUUGAUUUCAAUGCUUUUUAAUAUCCUUGGUAUUUGGAAAGACCUGACAGUGUUUGCGCAAGGUGCUGAGAUUCUGAAAGAAGAGCUCAUUUCAAUGUUCAGAUGGAAAUGUGAAAACAAACACCUUCUAAUGUGUGCUUGACACAUGGAAAGACCUACUCUUGGUAUGAGAAUUUCCUUUCCUUGCUUUCUGCUGUGGACAGAUAAUUUCCUUACAGAGGAGCACAAGUGCCCAUAACUUUGUUCUGUUGUGUUUUUUGUUCACGUCAUUUGCAGAAGGGAACGAGAUAAAACCAGCUUCUCCUUCUGCCUAGAGGGAGACUGGAUCGGGGGGAUGAAGGUGGACCGCUUUGGAAAGGGACUGCUGCAAGUUUGGAAGAGGCAGAUCCAGCAGUUUAACCGGGUCAGCCUAGAGACAGCCAAUGCCAUCGUGGCCAAAUACCCAUCUCCUCUACUUCUGAAACAGGUACGCUAUUCUGCUGCCAAAGGAAUACUGUAUUCUAGGUUGUGAGAGUUCUGUGCAUGCGCACACACUCAAGAUUCUGUGAAAAUACACAGCUAGUCUGUAUUCAGCACAGAAACUCAGAUCUUGGGAGCAAUUAUACAUUGGUAACUUUUAACUUAAAAUAGCUUAUUCUGUAUCCAGAAUUUAGGCAUUGUAUAGUACAGGCUACCCAGUCUUGUGCUGUGAGUGAUAAAUGUAAUUGAUGUUGGAAGUUGCUUGCAAAAGUUCAAGCCUGAAUUAUGUCCCACUAUGUUUAAUAAUAGGGUUUACUUCCAGGUCAGCCUGCACAGGAUUGUGGCCUCAGUAACUAACCAGAGAUGUGGCUCAAUACAUCUGCCUUAUGUAACUUGACUCUUAUUAAUGCAUGCAUGGUUCUGGCCCGUUCUUAAGUGCAGCGGGUUUUACCUCCACUGCUGGGGAGACAGUGUGCUUUCAGAUACCAGCUGCACUUGGGUCCUGCCAGAGUGAGAAUAGGGUGCUGAACUUAGAUGGACCCCUGGUCUAAUCCAGUACUGAACCUGAGAAAAGCAGCUGCUUCUGAGCUAGGUGUGAAGACUAGCUCUCUUCUGGUUUUCCUCCCUCACUUAUUGCCCACAUAUUGCCCAAUCUGUGAUAGAUUGUUCUUCGAGAUUGAGAGCCAGUGUGGUGUAGUGGUUAAGAGUGGUAGACUCGUAAUCUGGGGAACCGGGUUCACAUCUCCGCUCCUCCACAUGCAGCUGCUGGGUGACCUUGGGCCAGUCACACUUCUUUGAAGUCUCUCAGCCCCACUCACCUCACAGAGUGUUUGUUGUGGGGAGGAAGGGAAAGGAGAAUGUUAGCCUCUUUGAGACUCCUUUGGGUAGUGAUAAAGUGGGAUAUCAAAUCCAAACUCUUCUUCAAAAAUGGCACAGGCAAAGAUUCCACUGAAGGGUACGUAGAUGUGUUUUGAUGGAACACGUCAAUACUUCUAGAGGUUUAUGCAAGGUACCCAGCUCUUUGCAGAAGCAAUUCAAGAGCACAUUUCUAUACAUGUUUAUUUAGUGGACUUACUCCCUUGUCUAUAUGCAGCCCCUGUGCUUCAGUGAAUCUGCCCUCCUGCCUUAGAACUGGAUAUCCAGUAUAACGUAGAGAGUCCCUGUUAGACGUCUGUUCAAUCCUCCCUCCCCUUUUGAUUCCAAAAUGAUGAUUCCACAACUGCUGGGCACUUCUGUCCACCACUGAACUGCUCUCGUGAUCAGGAAAGCAUUCUGAACAUUAACCAAACUUUGCAUUCUUCUUACUAUAAAGCUACCACUACUGUUCUCAGUGGAGACGGUGACUCCUUACAUCUUUUUUUUAAAAAAAAACCAUUUCUCUCCAGAUAUCCAAUUUUGCAUUUUUGAAGCUGAUCUGUUUUCCUUGACAGCAGCCCUUGCCGAGUUGUCUCUUUGUUGCCAUCUGCCUACUUCUCCAGUUUUGUUUUCAAGGUUCUUUUUAUUUAGAUUUUCCCAUAAUACAGUAAAAUUACUACAGAAGAUACAAAUUGAGUAAGCGAAAUUACAAAGUCCUCUCUUCAUUAAAAGUAAUUCUUGGCCCUUACCACCCACAGAGGACAGUAGCUCCUCCCAACCUCUCACCCUGAGAGACUGACAUUCCCCUGUCUCUAACUCAGGAGUCCUCCAUCAGAUCUCCACCAUCCCCCAAGAGUAUACAACUUCUCCCAGUUUUUUCAGUCUCUCAGUAACAGAACUGCUCACGCUGUAUUCAGUGGGCUUGGGGAGUGGCUGAUUGCCACUUGAGUUAUUUGCACGGCUGCACAAAGCCUGGCUCAUAGGAAACCUGUAACCGUGGUGGUGGGGAGGAGAGCAGGCAAUGGGAAGCUUUGGCUAGGAGUAACUAGCUAAAGGAUCAAUCGGCCAACUGCUCUCUUAUCGAGACUACAAACUUACUAUGGGAAGUGCAAUUAUCCAAUGUUGCAAAACUGCCCCAGCGAUGGGGUUGUAGGUGGAUAAAUCAUCUCCGGGGGAAAAGUGAAUGUAACUUCAGGCUGGCUAUAUUGGCCAGCUGCUCUAUGGCACAUACUUGGCUUCUUUAGUAAACCAAUCUUAGACUGAUUCGGCAAGUUUAUUCAUAUAUCGCAUUUUGUGACGUGUAACGUUAUUUCUGUGUUACAUUUAGGCCUAUGACACCCGCCCUUCUCUACAGGAGCGGCACAACCUCCUUGCAGAGAUACCUGUCCGCCGUGGCGAUGGGGUGACAGCUACUACAAGGCGGGUUGGCCCAGAGCUAUCCAAACGGAUUUAUCUGCAGAUGACUUCCCAUAACCCUGACCUUUCCCUGGAUGCUACUGGGUGAUGCGGAACUAUGUAUUUUAAGUAAAAACUUUGUUAAAUUUUUUUUUUAAUAGCGGGAAGAAAUGUUAACACUAAAUGUUUUCUGAAAAUAUCAAAUGCGUCGCUGCUUGGGACCCAAAAAGGACUCCUAUCCCCCCCCCCUUUAUUCCUGCAACAGUCCUUAUUAGGCAAUCAAGUAUUUCUUGGCUAACCAGGAAUGACUGAGUUGCAAUUCUUUUAUCAAUCUUGGAAAGAAAACCCAGGGCACAACCCCUGGCACUCUGCAUCUACCCCCUUACUACUCAGGACAGACAAGGAUGCUCAAGAGGAGAUGGGCAGUGCUUGUUCUACACCAACGUUAUUCAGAAAUUUGUCAAAUUAAUUUUAAACGUUGCUAAAGAGGCUGGGCUUCAACAACUCAGACUUGAACGUAAGAGGUGCCCAUGUGCCAAAAUAGAAACAGAAUAUUGAUUUACUCAUAGCUAUGUCCUAUUCGUUCAUUUUUUUUUAAUUUUCUGUUGUUAUAAGAACCUAAAUCUCCUUAAAAGCACAAACUAUGUAACGGAUGUCUAUUUGACUAGAACUGUGCAUGUGGGUUAUGUAACUUUACAUAUUAAAUGCUUUACGGGAAUUUGCUACAGGAAAGAAAUCUCAAGUUGCAUCUCCACCACUCUCAGCUACCAAAAAGUCCUCUAAUCCCUCUGUCCUUGCUGCCCUGGGAUGACGUCAGUGACUUCAAAUCCCGCUUCAAGGCCCACUUUUUCCAUGAAGCCUUUUUUGUGCAAUCCCCUUGUCCAUAUGCCCCACCUGAACAAAGUCUCUCAUUUUAAGUUAGCAGAAUUUCACCCUUCUUCCUCCCUGCUUACCCCACCUCCACUUUCAUCUGCUGUUUCUCCUGUGACUAAUUUUAACUUGCAAGCUCUCAGCCCAGGAGAGACUUGCGCUCUGUAAAGCACAUGCCCAUGGAUAGUGCUAUAUAGCUAUUGAUUCAAUUACACUACUAGCAGAUGCUAGAGCUCUGCUUCUCCUCUGGUUUUUUAGACUCUGCACAAAUUACUUCCAUUCUGAUCUUACGUGUAUUUACUCAGGAGGUUUCACUGGAUUUGGUGAGGUUUUACCCUAGGGAGGCUGCUGGGUUUGCCAGAUAUAAUCUAGGAAGUAAUUUCAACAGCUGGUAAAGCUGUUAGUUACAGUAGUGGAAGCUGCCUGAGCAAGAGAGGUACUCGUGCUCUAAGCUGACCCAGCAGGACACAGAAGGGUAGCAGGCAGGAUCUGUGCGCCACACUAGAUCCUUUGCACAAUGGCAGAGGAUAAGGCAAAUGUGUUGCUUAUUCGCUACCUGCUCAAACAAGCAAACGGGGAAAGUACAGUUGAGUAGAGAACUUUCUCAGGUAACUCACACUAAGGAAUAACGUCGUAUGUUCAGGAGCACAGACCGUCAAGCUAAGAUACAACAGGAAAAAGCACUUAGGCACAAGGACACAGAAAC